GCGCGGCCGAUCUUCCUUCAGUCCUGUUUACUUCGUCGUCCAGACCGGUUGAGCAGUUUGUAGCAACCGCGCUUGCUAUUCGCCUGACAACCCGCGAAACUCACGGCGACGGCAGUCUUCCUCGUUGUCCCGCGACAAUUUAAUAUAUCUCGUUGUACAUAGCAACGGCUGCUAACGCCUACUGAGAGUUGUGCCCGUCCGACCAUAUUAAAUUGGUUCCAAUUUCGCCGAGUUAAUCAAUUUAGGAGUGCUACGAUUGCCAAAAGUGCGAUAGUACUGGAAGCAUAUUAGCUGUUAGACCGGUAGUGCGUUUAACUCAGUACACCUUCUGAUCUAGUGGAAUCAGCGAAAUUCAAACAUGUUGCUAACCAAACAGUUGCUGAGCAGAAAUGCAUUGGCUGCAUCAGGAAAUCUGAACACCCUGCAGGUGCUUCGUCACGCGAGCAGCGUAACUGCUGCCAGCGCACACUUCCGCCAGAUCGUCCAAACCCAACUGGAUGAAAUCGAAAAGGCUGGGACCUACAAACGGGAACGAAUCAUCGUUUCACCUCAGGCCACGUCCAUCAACGUGGAGGGCUCCCAGGGUAAAAUCCUCAACUUUUGCGCCAACAACUAUCUUGGAUUGGCUUCCCACGCGGACGUCGUUGACUUCAGCAAGAAAGCCCUGGAUGAAUACGGCGCCGGACUGAGUUCGGUGCGGUUCAUCUGCGGCACCCAAGACAUCCACAAGCAGCUGGAGAAGAAGCUAUCGGAGUUCCAUCAACGGGAGGACACCAUCUUGUACGCGUCCUGCUUCGAUGCCAAUGCCGGAGUCUUCGAGGUGGUACUGACCCCGGAAGAUGCCGUGUUCUCGGAUGAGCUGAACCACGCGUCGAUCAUCGACGGGAUUCGACUUUGCAAGGCCAAAAAGGCGCGGUAUCUCCACAGAGAUAUGGCCGAUUUGGAGGAGAAGCUGAAGUCGACAGAUGCCCGCAUCAAGAUGAUCGUCACGGAUGGGGUGUUCUCGAUGGACGGAAACGUCGCUCCGCUGCCGGAGAUCUUCGCCUUAGCGGAAAAGUACAACGCCCUAACUUUUGUGGAUGAUUGCCAUGCGACCGGGUUCUUCGGAGCGACCGGAAGGGGGACGGAGGAGUUCUACGGCAUGCUGGGACGGUGCGACAUCAUCAACUCGACGUUGGGCAAAGCUUUGGGAGGAGCUGCCGGAGGUUACACCACUGGGCCCAAGGAGUUGGUAGACUUGCUGCGGCAAAAGUCUCGCCCUUACCUGUUCUCGAACUCCCUUCCACCUCCGGUGGUGGCCAGUGCCAUGAAGGUAAUCCAAAUGCUGAUGGAGUCCAACAAGUUGACGGCCCGGGUGCAGAGCAAUACGAAACGCUUCCGGGACGCCAUGACCAAGGCAGGGUUUACGAUCUCCGGCAUGGAUCACCCAAUCAGUCCGGUGAUGCUGGGCGAUGCACGACUGGCAUCGGUAUUUGCCGACGAGAUGCUCAAACGGGGAAUCUACGUCAUCGGAUUUAGCUAUCCGGUGGUGCCGAAGGGUAAGGCCCGUAUCCGGGUGCAACUGUCGGCUGCUCAUACGGAUGAGGAAAUCGAUCGAGCGGUGGCCGCAUUUAUUGAAGUGGGCAAGCAGCUUGGGGUGAUUUCGUAAACGAAUGUGGAAACUGAUUAAAAAACUGAUUUUUAA